AUGUGCAGAGCGUGCUUGACGAUAAAUAAAGAAAUGGUGCCUUUUGAUGAAAUGUUCAUUGUUAAUUAUAAGUUACUUACCAAUUUAGAGGUAUCAUUGCAAGAUAGAUUGUCACACUAUUUAUGCACCGACUGUUGGCAAACAAUUAAGUGUUUUAUGGACUUCCGGACUAAAUGUAUUAUCUCUGAAUCCUUUAUGAGCAAUGCUGUUUGUCAAGACAUUAAAGAUGAAUCAGAAGUAUAUAUUGUUAAUCAGAAUGGAAGCUCUGUCCAAAGUGAUGCUCUUAAACAUGAAUUCAACGAAGACUAUGAUGACUUUUCUGAUAAUGAAAGUAUUCAAGAAAAUAAUAGAAUUCAGAUAGGUCAAAAAUUGAAUAGUAUACCUAAAUAUUCUCCUGCAAAAGCCACAAAAUGCAGACUAAAAAUGAAAUCAAGAAAAAGUAAAAGAAAGACUUUGGUAAAAUUUGACAUUAACAAAGGUGUUGUCAAAAUGCCAUGUGGUAUUUGUAAGAAAUUUUAUUGGAAAGAAAAAGAAUUGUUUAAGCAUUUAGAGUGUCAUAAAAGGGAUACUGUAUGUGAAGUGUGUCAAGAAAACUUUUGCGAUUGGCCUGAGAUACUUAGCCACAGGCUUAAACACAUCCCGGAAAACCAGAGAAGAUGUCAUUUAUGCUCUAAAUAUUUUUUAUCUCAUAUGACAAUGGAAUUCCAUUACAGACAAACACAUUAUGAUGGAGGUAGAUUGAAACUAAAAUGUAGCCAGUGCCAACGCUGUUAUGAAACACCUAAAAAAUUACAAAAACACAUUUGGAGUGUACAUUCUAGCAAAGUAUUAAUUUGUGAUUACUGCUCUAAAUCAUUUAACAACAAACAGAAGUUGAAAAUACACAUAUUAUCACAUACUGGAUACAAAGCCUAUGUCUGUGACUUCUGUGGUUAUUCAUGUAAAAGUAGUAGUGGACUAAAGGAUCAUAAAAUAAGAAUACAUGCUGAAAAAAAGGUUUACUGUAAAAUUUGCAAAAGGGUGUUCCAAAAUCAACAGAAACACGACAAGCAUAUUUGUACACAAGAGAACAAAUUAUGUCCUAUAUGCGGUAAAGAAAUAAACAGAUCUUCGAGGAUGUCACGUCACUUGGAGACACAUGGAGAGGAGAAGCGUCAUAAAUGCGACCGUUGCCCCGCAACGUAUAAAACUAAAACAGCCCUUCAGGUGCACAAAGAUCGACACGACGGAGUUCGCACUAAACACUGCGAAUAUUGCCCGGCGAAAUUUUACUCGGCAACUGUCCUCUUGAAACAUCGUCGCAUUCACACAGGAGAGCGUCCCUACGUUUGUAAGAUUUGCCAAAGGAGUUUCACAGGUAACUCCAACCUCAAAGUACAUAUGAAGACUCACGGUGAAUACUUGAUCAACAAAAGAAUUAAAUGUGAAGAUGGUAGCAGUAUU